GCACUGAAAUAGAUUUUUCAGAUAUUUUACCCAAUCCUUCUCUUUCAGAUAUUCUGUCUGAUUCUUCUCUUGCAGAUAUUCUGCCCAAUCCUUCUCUUUCAGAUAUUUCACCCAAUCCUUCUUUUCUUGUAAAGAAAAAUAAUAAAACAAGAAACUUGGCUUUACAUAUUGAAGAAUCUGAUAGUAUUUCAAGUGAAGCGGAAAUAGAAUCGUUUGAUUCUGAUUACGAUGAAGAAUUAGAACUAUUUGACUAUAAUAUAGAUAAUGAAGAGGAUGAAUAUCAAAAUUUUAGAGACAAUCAAAUAUUUGCUGUGCCUAAUAUUUCUGAUGAUAUAUUAACCAAAACAAAUAAUGAUAAUAUCAAAAAAAAGG